UUCCUUCAUUGAAAUCAGUCACGACUGAGAUUUCCUCGGGUAUCUGUGACGAAACCAGCCGCAGAUAUAUAAACGCACCUGCAGCGGAAGGAGAGCGCAGAACGAGCUUAUUUGUGUCUGACCUGGGGAAACAUCUUAGUCCGUGUAGCUGGGAACUCAGUAGUAGCCUACGUAUAAAAUACGUAAAAAAUGUCAUCAAACAUCAUCAUUUGUUUUAUCUCUACUCUGUUGCUUUUAAACCUGGUUCAAGCCAAACCCAUCUCCAGCCUGCAGAGUCUUAAACAGCUGCUGGAAGAGGACAGCAACGCGCCGUAUCUCACUUCCGAGGAGAAAGUGGAGAAGGAGGACAAAGACAUGAAUUCUGACAACUUCAACGCGGAAAACCUGCCGCCGUGGGGGAGCGGCGUGAAAAGCAGUGCGCUUUCGGAGAAUGAGAACGCGAUCGCGCGUCUCCUCAACGACAUCCUGUCGACCUCCAAGCGCUCCUGGAGCAGGUUCAAGAAGGGCGGUCUGAGGAGCUGCUUUGGCGUCCGGCUGGAGCGGAUCGGCUCCUUUAGCGGACUGGGAUGCUGAAAGACAGGUGCAACCGGACAGGCAAAUCCCCUUCGGAUAUAACGCAUAUCUUCAAUCCAGAAAAAAAAUGAACGUUUACAAUAGUUUUUAUGACAGUUGUUUAUUAAAAGUUUUGUUUUUUGAUGUCCUUUUAACUCUUAGAUGUAUAUACAGUUAUUAAAAAUGAACAUUGGACUAUUAA